GCAACACGGGUUAUCACGACCAUCACUAUAGUCUCAUCCCCCACCACCGAGGUGUCACUUUAGGCAGCUAGUUCCCAGUCUUACCUUGUGUUUAAUUGAACCAUUUUGAUACACAUUUCCGCUUGACAUCUCGGGACGUUUGGUGCCAUGAAGGGAAUCAGGGUUUUUGUGGUUUUCUUGGUGCUUUCUGCGUCUCUGCUGUGCACAGCCGAAGCGGCCAGGAGCAGGACCAGCAACCAGAACAGCUUCCGACGGGCAGCUAACGGCAUCUACCAGACUCUGAGCAGUGUUUUCGGAGAGGACAACAUUAGAGGGUUAUACAAGUUUUUCUCCAAAACGACGGAGCGGUUUGUCCAUGGCGUGGACUCUUUUCUCGACACGAUCUGGAAGAUCUGGUCAGAUUUGUUGGAUGUCAUGGGCAUCGACUCCUCAAACCUCAGCCACUACUUCAGCCCCACAUCUCUCACCAACUCUCCAGCACGCGCCCUGCUCUUGGUUGCCGCCGUACUUGUGGCCUACUGGUUCCUUUCCAUGUUCUUUGGGGGUUUCUUUUACCUGCUGCACGCUGUGUUCGGCCGCUUCUUCUGGCUAGCACGUGUCACGCUCUUUGCCCUGUCCUGUCUCUAUAUCCUGCAGAAGUUUGAGGGCGACCCUGAGCGUGCGGUGCUGCCACUUUGCUUCAUUAUGGCGGUGUACUUCAUGACGGGGCCCGUGGGAGCGUACUGGCGUCGAGGAGGUGGGGCAGGUUCACUGGAAGAGAAAAUCGACCACCUGGACACUCAGAUCAGGCUGCUUAACAUCAGGCUGAGCCGCGUCAUAGACGGCCUGGAACGCUCCGGGGACCAGUAGGGAGCAGCAAGGAUGAGGGGGAGGGAGGGGAUGUUUUCCAACCAGCUGCAGUUGAUGUCAGAAUGCUGUUUCCUGUACACAUCUGCAGUAACACAACUACUGGGUAUUUACAACUCUAUUGUCAGAUGGGAGACAAAACUAGAUUUGAAAACCGUAUUUUAAAUGCUUGAGUUGAUUUUAGUUACAGAAUACCUACAAAUCCUCAGAGGUGUGGACAGUUGACUUGGAGCUUACGCAAAUCAACCAAACAACUACUUUUCGUUAUGCUUGUCUCAAGGCUUUAAUUGAAAGGUUUUUGCUACAUCUGUGAGGAAGUUAUCGGAGAGAUGUCCAUGGUUUUCUAAAUGCUGGCCUAAUUCUACACCUCAGCUAUUUUUGAGAAACUCCCACGUUGAGGUUUGAAUUUUUGGUGUUUGGAUAAGCAUUGUCAAUGCUUUUGCUAAAUGAAUAAUCCUAUUUUAUGUACGUUUGUUUAUUUCUAUCCUUGUGAAUAACCUGGGGGUUACCAUUCUUACACAGGUUUGUCCACAAUCAUGUAUUCCCCUUUUUUGAAACUACUGAAGUAGGAAAGGGGUUGGGCGAUGCAAACAUUGUAUUUCUAAUUUGUAAAAAUCCUCAAGAUGUUAGAUGGUUGUUCACAGUAAGAUUUAUUUAUUCCAUUUUCCAUCCGAAAUGUUGAAAUCAUAGAUCUAGUUUGUUUCAUUAAGGUACCGUCCCAUAGUGGCAAUAGUUUGACAUCAGGACCUCUUUUUCUGUGUGUGUGUGUGUGUGUGUGUGUGUGUGUGUGUGUGUGUGUGUGUGUGUGUGUGUGUGUGUGUGUGUGUGUGUGUGUGUGUGUGUGUGUGUGUGUGUGUGUGUGUGUGUGUGUGUGUGUGUGUGUGUGUGUGUGUGUGUGUGUGUGUGUGUGGGCUUGUGAAAUGGAAAAGCACUGUAUGAGAAAGUAAUCAUAAAACUAGCAGAAAAUGCAGACAGGCAGCAAUAUCUCAGGGACUCAACCAACACACAGAAUUGGGAACGAGAUAUCGAGUAUAUUAAAAUCAUGUCUUAGUCUCUUUGAGUCACUUCACAGUUUUUCAGAUAUAGUUUGAAAUAUGUCUCAGUAAAUUACAAUAUGUAUUGAUAAAUGGGUUUGUGUUCUUGCAUCAUGUUGAAGUUGCAAAGUUUGAUUAAUGUCUGAUGUCGAGACCAAAUCCACUUUUUUGAUGUUAGUGUGGAAUUAUUGUAGGGAUAUGAACUGCAGCUAGUGGUUUAUAGUAUCUUUCAAUUGGUGGGAAAGCAUUGUUAACAUGUAAAUGUGUGAAUGCAAAAAGCAAAUUAUCCACAGAAGUGGUUAGAAAGAAUUACUUGAGUCGUUUUAAAUCACAAUGGCUUAAAGUAUGUCUUACUACAUCUUUUAGGAUGAGGAUUUUUUGUGUAAACCAGAUCAAUUUCUCAACAUGAUUAUAGAUUAAAUUAGGUCUAGUGCCUUUGAUCCUGUAACAAAAAUACAAGCUUGUAACUGUACAACCCCAUUUGACCCUGCAUUGGAAAAUGUACAUUUGAAGCUGUAUAUCAUUUUAAUUGUUAAUGUGAUAAUGUGAUAUCUAUUCCUAGUAACUUAAUGAGAGAUUUACAUACAGUAUAUUAUUAUAUUAAAACUGCUUGAGACACA